UACUCUUAUUUUGAAAAGUAAACAUCCACCCGGAAGUACUCGGCACUGACAAGAGCCGAGUUCUGCAGGUAUGAGCCCCGUGACGAGAGUCAUGUCGAAGUUCCGCCUGGCUGUGGUCCAGCUGCAGGUGAGCAGCGUCAAGGCGGACAACCUGAGCAAAGUGCGGAGGCUCGUGAAGGAGGCAGCGGGACAGGGCAGCAAAAUGGUGCUGCUGCCGGAGUGCUUCAACUCUCCCUAUGGAACCAGCUUCUUCUCCCACUACGCUGAGAAGAUCCCGGGGGAAUCCACCCAGAUGCUGUCUGAGGUGGCGAAGGAGAACCGGCUGCAUCUGGUGGGAGGCUCCAUCCCUGAAGAGGACGGCGGGAAGCUGUACAACACCUGUGCCGUGUUUGGUCCUGACGGAGAGCUGAUUCUCAAACACCGGAAGAUUCACCUGUUCGACAUCGACGUUCCGGGGAAAAUCCGCUUCCAGGAGUCCGAGACGCUGAGCCCCGGGAACAGCCUGUCCACGUUCGACACGCCGUUCUGUAGGGUGGGAGUGGGGAUCUGCUACGACAUGAGGUUCGCGGAGCUCGCUCAGCUCUACAGCAGGAAAGGCUGCCAGCUGCUGGUUUACCCCGGAGCCUUCAACAUGACGACGGGCCCCGCCCACUGGGAGCUGCUGCAGAGGGGGAGGGCCCUCGAUAACCAGGUGUACGUGGCCACAGCGUCGCCUGCCAGAGACGAAACCGCGUCCUACGUGGCCUGGGGUCACAGCACCGUGGUGAACCCGUGGGGAGAGGUCAUCGCCAAGGCCGGGCCUGAGGAAUCCAUCAUCUACGCUGAUAUCGACCUGCAGUACUUGGCCGACGUCCGGCAGCAGAUCCCAAUAGGCUCCCAGCGUCGAGACGACCUCUACGCCGUGACGGCCGUGCAGCAGGGAUCGGGCUGAACGCUCCACACUGGAUCACGCUCCUCUAAUUAUGUAAUUUUGAAAAAAUCCCAACUUUAAAUAAUCCUGGUUCUUGUCAUGGAGGAGACUGGCUGUUAAUAUUUAGUGCUUGAUGGAGCGGCUGCGUCAGGAAGCGUAGAAGGGAAGCACUGACUCAGGACCAGCCUUCAUGUGAAGAACGAAGAACCAAGAGGAAAAAGGUCAAGGGCGACUUUCUUUUUCUUUUCUUUUUCCUUCUGAACCAUUUCUUAAAUGUGUGAUUUGAACUCGUGUGUAAAUGCUGCAGUUUUACGUGUGUGUUUCUCUCCUCUGGUUGCCCAUCCAAAUCCAGGUUAAUAAAAAAUUUUAAAAAUCCCAGACUCACUG